UCAGGGAGGAGGUGGGAGGGACCGCUUGUUGUGGCUUGUGGAGCUGAUGCGCCUAAGGUUCUAUCCAAGCGUGUGAAUCUGGACCGAAGUGGUCCCGUCUUCGCGGCUGUCCCGUCUGAGCUGCACGGCUGCAAGAGGGGAUGGGGGGCAACAGCCCGAGCCACCUCCCCGAAGAGAAUAGAGGCAGGGGGGUAACUUUUGUGAAGGGCAUUCGGCUCUCGGACAACGUCAUCAACCGGAUGAAGCUUUCCCCCAAAGGUUCCACUCCUCUGAUCCUCUCUGAGCCUCAAACAUCAGCUACCACUCCAGGUCCUGCAUCGCCCGUGCAAAGUUUGUCACCUCCUCUUCCUCAGGAAGCCUCACCACCCUCACAGCCUCUCCUUACCAAACUGGCCCCUCCUCCAGUGAAGUUUCACUCCCUUCCUCCUUCUUCAGUGGAGCCUGUGGAGUCCACCUCACCUGCAGAGGCCCAAACUUGCCCUUUUGUUUCUUCUGCACAGAGUAAAACACCAGCAGUGCCUGAAUAUCCGGUUUCUGUUGUGGAGUCGGUGACACCAACUCAUUCAAAGCUAGAGGCCCAAACUCCUGCCCCGGUGCUUGAGCAAACGGCUGAACUCCUUAACCGUUCUCCUGGUGAGGAAACCCCCCCUGCAUUUGAGCCUUCGUCCCAAACCCCUGCUGUGACAAUCCAACCUGCUGCUGCUGCUGAGCCUCUGGAAUCUGCUGCCCCGUCACCCGCAGAACCAGCUUCUCUGUCUCCCACUCUUGAAUCUGCACAAGUUGAAUCCCUACUUCCCUCGGCUCCCAGUGAAGCUGCAGAGACGACUCCAUGUGCAGCCCCCCCUGCUGUGGUCACAGACGUGCCUUCGGUUCUGGAACCACCGGCUGGACCUGCAUCACAACCGCCUGCUUCUUUAGAGGAAACCUCUCCUCCCUGCCAUGAUGAGCCAUCUGCUGUUCCCACAGAAGAGUCUUUUGGAAAGUUUACAGCAUCACCUCUUCCUGAUCCAACCCUUCCAGCUGGGGGAUCCACCAUGAGCACAUCUGGGCCUCCUCAGGAUGAGGAUGAGGAACCUUUUUGCCCAGUUUCUCCUCCUACAGCAGCUCUGCCCAUUUCUCCUGAAGAGGUAGAAGAAGAUCUGAGGCGAAGGAUCAAGGCAGAGAUGGAGAAAGAUCUGCAGCAGGAGAUGAACCAGAGGAGGCAGGAACUGGAGCGACAGCUGGAGGAGAUGAGGGCUCGAGCUGAAGCUGAGGCAAAGGCCGCAUCCCGGGCUCGGGUAGAGGAGCAGGUGAAGAAGACUCUGGAGGAGGAGAAGGCGGCCUAUGUGGAAAAGCUGACAGAGUCCAUCGCAAAAGAGCGCAUCAAGUCCGAAGAUGAGAAGCUGGCAGCACAGCUUUAUUGGAUGGAGCUGAAGGCUCGCCAGCUUGAGGAGAAAGAGGAGGAGCUGAAGAAGAGGGAGGAGCUUCGAAAGAAACAAGUCGCAAAGCUUGAAGCAAAGUGUGCACAGUUUUACAGAGUGUCAGCUGAGAGCUUCCAGAAAGGCAAAGAGGAGACUGAAAGCCGUUUUUUGCGUUUCAACAUCCAGCCAGUGUGUGGGGAUCUGCAGAGUCAGAUACUGAAGUGCUACAAGGAGAACGCUGGAAGAACCCUGAUGUGUUCGAGCAUCGCAUCAGCCUACAUGCAGUGUGUGAACAAAGCCAAAAAGGAUAAACUUGUCCCUGGAGGCUAAUGUGGACCGCUUGAUGAGAGCCACAACUUUAAAGAAAUAAAACCAGGAGUCACAUCUAACCUGGGAUAUACCUGAAAAUGUGCCAUAUUUCCAGAGUUAAUUGUAGGUGUAGUAAAGGGGAUGGCUAGAGUCACAAAGCUUCAAGUUAUAGUUACACUACGUAUUGAUCACUAUAAAGGUUGUCAUAGAUUUGUUUAAUACAUUUUACAUGCUUUAAUGGCACCUGAGUGUUAACAUAAAUAUGUGUAAAGGUUUUGACACAUAUGGAAAACAUCAAUAAAUGUUAUUUUGACAAUUACU